ACAGUAGGUUCUUGUCCUGUGUUCAUGUACUCGUUGCAAGCUACAGGAGCUUUUUUUCGUGAGUACAGCAUACGUUUCAGUACAGUGGCUUUGUUUGUUUGCUCGGCUAUCGUACAUACGUGUGUAGUGUGUGCACGCAAGUACAACGAGGAAAAGAAAAAAAAAAAACAAAAAAAAAAAAAAAAAAAAACAACCGAGGGGAUAAAGAACACGAGAUACUAAUUUACGUGUACUUGUACCAUAGUAGAGUGCAAAAUAAUAUGGAUACAGGGUACAUAAGCACAAAGUUGGGCAGUGGCUGGGACAGAGAGGAGGUGUGGGAGCUUUGCGUUUUGUCGGAUUAAUCGCGUGUGUUGUUGGGCUUUUUUCUUCUUCUUUUUCCUACUCUUCUGCCGAGCUGAUGUAACUACAUUUUUCCAAGCUCGCUCGCUCUGUGGAAAAAUGUGUCGUUCUUCCCUUUGAUCAUUCGUUCGAGCGCGUAACGGAGACACGUGCUAAGCAAUCGAACCAACGAUAACAACCGCAGGAGGGUCCAAUAACGCAAUAUCGCAGAUGAGAGGAAAAUAAAGGCAUUUUGCAGACACUCCUCUAUCUCAUCUGUGUACGUGUUGUCAUACCGAUUACACCUUUUUUCAGUCUCGCAAGCGGCACCUCCAGAGAUAGCAACGUAGCAGCAGCAGUAGAGGCACGCAAACGGAAGAAAAAAAACAAAAAAAAAAAACAAAAACAAAGAAAAAAAAGAAAAAAAAAGAAAAAGGAAAAUAUAAUUAUAUUUGCGACCGAGCUGGCCCACAGAGGCACCCACGAAGGCGGUCCAAUGUAUCCCGGUUCUCGCGCCGGCCGUCGACCCGCGAGCAGUAGCAGCAGCAGUAAGCUGAUCAACAGCGAGGCCGAUCUCAUACUAGCCGGCCCAAGCGAAGCCCGUGGUUGCAGUAAGCGUGAAAACACCGGCGGCCACAAAAACGGCACGAAAAACAAAAGUACGAUUUUCGCCCGGGACAAAAAGUCGCUGGUACCAUGUCGCUGCCGCGCGAGUGGAGCCACACCAGUCACGCCCAGCAACAGCCGGGGGUACAGAUCCGUAAGGCCGCUGCCGCAGCCGUCAAGGCCACCUCGGGCGGUGACAACGACUACUACCAAGCGGGUGGCGAUGGCCUGUUGCAUCAGUACAACUCGUCGUCGCUUACCACUGCCACGUCCCAGGAGGCCAUACCGAACAACCACCACGGCUUUUACCACCACGUCCACCACAUGCACAACAAUGCCAUCGACGAGAACAUGAACAAUCACAAUCAGCUGGGCUCUCUCUUCUCCAUACACUCGGCGCCCGUCUACGACAACUGCAAUGCUGAUUCCGACUCGGCGAAAAACAGCCACUACCUGCACGACUACAGGCCGGCCUCGCUGGUGGUGCAGACAACAGCCACGUCGACCCCGAUAGUCCCCCCGCACCUGAGCCCACCCGAGACCCUCGACGACGAGGACAACGACAACCUGCUGACCAUCUCCUCGCUGACGGCUCGGCCGCUCAUAGCCAAGUCGCGCGAGUUGCAGGGCUGCAAGCGCACCUCGGCCCUCGGCGGUAGGGCUCGCAAGAAAAGCAAACAGCCGAGGAAAAAAAAGACGCGCAGGCAGGUGAAGGUCAGCUUCGAGCCCCUGGACGGUGGUUACGGCUGGGUCGUCGUUUUUGGGGCCUUUUUCGUGCAGUUCUGGGUCGCCGGCCUCGUCAAGUCCUACGGCGUGCUCUACGUCGAGGUCAUGGAGACCUUCACCGACGCCUCGGCAUCCCUCGCCUCCUGGGUCCCGGCCAUACUGUCCUGCCUCUGCUUGGCUUUGGCACCCGUGACCAGCAUGCUGAGCCAAAAGUACAGCUGCCGCAAGGUGGUGUUCGUCGGUGGUUUGUUCUGCUCCCUGGGUCUGAUCAGCAGCUACUUCGCGACCUCCUUGAUCCAUCUUCUUUUCACUUUCGGCGUCUUGACUGGCAUCGGCGGCGGUUUGUCAACGACACCGGGGAUAAUCCUCGUGUCGCAGUACUUCGACAAGCACCGAGCCCUGGCGAACGGCAUCUGCGUCUCGGGCACGGCCGCGGGCAGCUUCGUCUUCCCGAUGCUCAUCGAGUUCCUCGUCGCCAGCUACGGCUUCCACGGCACCCUCCUCAUCCUCGGGGGCUGCAUGCUGCACGUGUGCGCGAGCGCCAGCCUCUACAGGCCCCUCGAGAACAACCACAAGCCCGAGGAGGACGAAGCGCGGCCCAACGAGGACGCGGAACAACUCCACCACGAGCAGAGCCACGACACCAGGCAGAGACUCGAGAUGCUCUUUGUCCACGACCAAACGGCCAAGAACAACAUGGUCAACGAGCUCUUCCACCAGAACUUUCGGGCCAACGAGCUGGCGAUAGACCUGACCGACAGCGAGGAGGAGAAGGACAUAAUGGGCGAGGGCCCGAGCGUGAGGCCGAUCCCAAAGAUCCGCAGCUCGAGCAUACUCCACAGCGUCGAGGACCUGUCCACCGACUCGACCUGCUUCUACAAGUCCCGCUCGUCCCAGAGGUCGUUGCGUUCGUCGGCGCUGCUGGUCUGCCCGGGAGGUCCUCGCGACAGCGCGGGCGACGUUCCCGCAACAACGGCGAGCCUCAGCCAGCCCCAAAUAGCCAUUCGUAAUUUAACGGCCGAGGUGUGCGCCUCCAAGGAGUCCCUGGGCCAGCGGAUCGGCCGGUACAUCGAUCUGAGCCUGUUGCGCGAGUCCCGCUUCAUACUCAUGUGCCUGUCGGUGAGCCUCAUGUCGACCGGCAGCCCGUACAUGCUCUACUACCUGCCGGCCUACGUCCACGGGAGCGGCUACACGAAACCAGAGGCCGGCUACCUCGUCGCCGUGUCCGCGGUCUUCGACCUCUGCGGCAGACUCGGCCUCGGCUGGCUCUCCGACCUCCAGCUCUUCGAUCGCAGGAAGGGAUACAUCGGCAGCAUCGUAGGGGCGGGUAUGGCCGUGCUGAUAAUACCCCUGGCCCACUCGUUCUACGUCCUAGCCGUGUCCGUGGGUAUCUACGGCCUGUGCCUGGGCUGCUGGUUCCUCUUGGUUCCCGUGCUGCUGGCAGAUCAAUACGGCACCGACAAGAUAUCCUCCAGCUACGGCCUCGUUCGCAUGUUCCAGAGCGUCGGUGCCAUCACCAUACCGCCACUUGCAGGUUUGAUGCGCGACGUGACGGGCAGCUACAACAUAUGCUUCCUGUUCAUGGGCACGUGCAUGGUCCUGGGAGGUCUGCCUCUACUUCUCGUCUCGGACGAUCCCAAGAACGUGGACGAGGAAUCUGACGACAAGGACGCGGUAAAGGUCGACGUAAGGGACGCGGACAGCAACAGUAUGACGAAAGAAUAAAGAGCACUUUUUUUUUCUUUUUUUUUUUUUACACAUCGAAGAGGAGGCAAGUGCUCGAAUAAUUGGCGUGUAAAGUUGUGUGGCUAUCUGUACUUCCUCUACUGUUUUUUUGUGCAUUUUUAUUUUUUUUUUACGAAAGCCAAGCUCCUGGAUGCAUCUUGUGUGGCUUGACAGUUGCGAUAUUCGAGUUUUUUGCUGGGGAUGGAUUGAUUGACAUUCUCGUCUAAGCUGCGUAUCACAGGUACACAGUUAUGGAUUGAAAAAUUGUCGUCGGCUCGUCAAAGUCGAGUAUUUGUCGCAAAGACAGCUGGAAUAAUUUAAAAAUCAAGAAUUUUUUUCGUAAAGUUAAUUCUAAGUUAAAAACAACGAACUAUACUUAUUUACUAUCAAAUGUAGCUACACGUGUGUAGCGCAUAUAUAGCUGUAAAGUUGAACAAAACAGUUAUAUUUUAGUAAUUUUAUACAUAUAUACAUACGUUUAUUGAACGACAUAUGAAACACUGGGAGUUAAUUUGAAAAUUAAUUGAGAGAAACACCGACGUAAUGUGUACGUACACGUAAAGUUUACUUUGAUUACCAAGACUUUGAUGUACCUAAUCAGUUUACGUGCAAAAACGUCGACGACGAAUUAUACGUACAUCUGCGAAAGUUUCAAUUAAUUAUAUGCCUUUCAUACGUUACGUUCUGUGUAUAUCAAAGAAAGCCAUCUUUUUAACGGUGAAAGUCGACGAUAACAACUACAUUAAGUUAAAUUAACCGUGGUUUUUUCUUAUGAACUGAUAUACCUUAUAUAGUAAUAUUGUGAAAAGUUACCAGAUAUUAUUUCAAUGAUAUCAACAAACGUUGUAGUACGUGUAGUUUUUAAGUGUUAAUGUUAAUCGUUAAAAAAUAACGAAUUAAAUUUUACACUUUAACGAUUUUGUGAUUGUUAAAGAGUAAUCAUGAAAAUCACUGAAAUACAUUCGUCCACAAACGAUGUUUUUUUUUGCAAAUAAAUGAGACACGUUAUCUCAUCAUAAUGGAACAAAAAUCAAACGACCUAUUAGUAUUGUCAAAUUUAAUUUUGUUGCUCCUGUAAAAAGGUAGGAAAAAAAAAAACUAUUAAUUCCACUUUUGUAAUCCCUAUCUAUUUUUCAAAAAAUAGCUACGGUAAAUAAUGGUUUUAACAAAUAGCUGUAUAAUUCCUCUAUCUAUGUUUUCAAUGGAUUUUUCGCUUUUCGAAAAUCUCGUUUCUCAAGCCAGAUCGUAUUUACAGUUGUGAUUUUGUCGUUAGCAGAAAAGAGAAAAUAUGUGCUGGUACUUAAACAUUGUAAUUUUCGGAGGAAGCAAGACAAAAUAAUACUGAGUGUCCAAUUAACCCCAAGUCGUUGAUUUUGCCGAACCGCAUCGAGACGUUCUUAAACGCGUCUCCUAGUCGUUAAUUGUGCUUGCGCAUAUGUUUAUGUCAUACCGAAAAAAAAAAAAAAAAAAUUAUAAUUUAAAAAAAAAAAGAGAAAGUAAUUAUUUGUAAGACGUACGUUACGUGUUUCGAGAACGUUGUGUCUGUGUUGAAUUAUGAUGACAUAUUAUUAUUAAUUAGCGAGUCACGUUUUUCUCCCACGCCUGUAUAUGUAGGUAUAUACUCUUAAUACCAGUACGUAUAUGAAAAAAUACACAAAUCGACGACUAA